UGUUGAUUCGGAAUGGAGAUUGAGAAAGAAGAUUAUAAAUUUCUGUCAUAUGCCUCCUCCGCACAAUGGUGUUGCACUAGCUGAUAAGGUAAAUACCUUGAUAGGAGAGUGGGGAAUUGAAAAGAAUUUGUUUUCAAUUACCUUAGAUAAUGCCACUGCCAAUGAUUCAUUUGUUGAAAAAUUGAAGACUAAGUUGAACUUUAGAGGAUUGCUCUUAAUGAAUGGCAGAUUCUUUCAUGUUCGGUGUUGUGCUCACAUCUUGAACUUGAUAGUUCAAGAUGGAUUGAAAGCAAUUGAUCCUUCUGUGAUAAAGGUACGUGAUUGCAUCAAAUACAUAAAGGGUUCUUCGGCAAGAAAAGAAAGAUUUUUGGAGUGUGUUGCACAAGUUGGAUUGAGAGGUAGUAGAAGAGGUUUGAGGCAAGAUGUGCCUACUAGGUGGAAUUCUACUUAUUUGAUGCUUGAUAGUGCUCUCUACUAUCGCCGAGCUUUGAUGAAUUUGGGCUUAAGUGACAAAGAUUUCAAGUUGUGUCCUGUUGCUGAUGAGUGGGCUAAAAUAGAGAAGAUCACCAAAUUUUUGGGGUAUUUUUAUGAAGUAACGUGUCUAUUUUCUGGAACAAAAUACCCUACUUCACACUUGUUCUUUCCGAAAGUGUUCAUUGUUCAGCAUAGUAUACAGGAAGCCAUGAGGGAUCACGAUAGUUUCAUGAGGCGGAUGGGGAUGGAGAUGAAUCUAAAGUUUGAGAAGUACUGGUCAGAUUAUAGCUUGAUUCUUGGAAUUGCAGUUGUUAUGGAUCCUAGGUUUAAGAUGCAAUUUGUGGAGUGGGCUUAUGACAAACUUUAUGGUCCAGAUUCUUCACAAUUAGAGGUCUUUAAUGAUACAUUGUCCUCUUUAUUUGAUGCAUACGUGGAGAAGAGCUUUGAUCCUAAUGAUUCAAAUUACUCGAUAGAUGAGGGUUCUUCUCAAGCACAAGGCGAUCACAGCUUACUUGAGGCUUUUGAUAAUGCUUACAAAAUUGGUUCGAGUUCAAGUAUGAAGACAGAAUUGAGCAAGUAUUUGGAUGAAGUAAGGCUAGAAAGAAAGCAAGAGUUGGAUGUACUUUCUUGGUGGAAAAUGGAGCAAAUUCGAUAUCCUAUUCUUUUUCAUCUAGCUCGUGAUGUGCUCACAAUUCCCAUUUCUACCGUUGCAUCUGAAUCGGCCUUUAGCAUUGGCGGGAGAGUUUUAGAUCAAUACCGCAGCUCACUGUUGCCUGACACAGUUCAAGCUCUGCUUUGUACUCGAGAUUGGAUUUUUGGUAACAAAGAAAAAGAGCGCGCUGAAUUGGAGGAUCUUACUGAAGACGUAUUUGAUUUGACAUUGCAAGAUAGAUCUGGAGAAGGAGAAAGCCGCAAUUAAGAUGACUUAGACGUAUUUUAUUUAGUACAUUAAAAAUGUAUUUUAUUUAGUACAUUAAAUAUGUAUUUCGAACCUAUUGAAAUAUUUAAUUAUAUCUACUAGCUUAGCUCAACCAACA